AUGGCACAAAGGGAGGUUGCAAUUAUGAAGGAAGUGCUUCACCAGUAUAUCCUCAUAAAAAAGCUACACAUGGAGAUAGAGGAGGAGAGACAAGCUUCAGCAACCGCAGCAAGCGAAGCUUUGUCCAUGAUCCUAAGACUUCAAAAGGAAAAGGCAGAAGAAAAGAUGGAAGCAUGCCAAUACAGGAGACUCACAGAGGAAAAACUGCACCAUGCACAAGAAUGCUCAGUAAUUCUCGAAGAAGCCAUGCAGGAGAAGGAAAUGGAGAUUUCAAUGCUUAAGCAACAAAUCCAGUUAUGCAAUAGCAAGUUACUGAGUGCAGGUAUCAGUGAUCUUGAUUUUGCAGGCACUGAAACAGGUGAUGACACUGCUCCAAUUGUGAGUAGGAAUAUCUCUUUGCCUCCAAUAAGAACAGAUAGGCAAUGGAUACACCCUGAAGAAGCUGUGGAUACACCAGAUUCAGCUGCUAGUAGCAAUUUUCCAUAUAGGAGCGAGCCUGAGAGAGAUGCAAUUCAAGUGGCUUGUGUUUAUGACAUAUUUGAAGUCCCGGGGAGCGACAAAUUCAAUCGCUGUGCCAGUGAACUUGUAGAAACUGAGAAUUGCCUUGGCAAAGAACACUUGACACCUGAAGAAACAAGAGAAGAUGGUAAUUCAGAGAAGAUAUCAAAACAUGCAUACCAUAACAGAAGUGUUUCUAUGCCAAUGAGGCUGGUUUCCACUCCCACAAAGGGCGAAAUGACUGAGUUCAUAUCGGCUUGUGUCGAUUCUGUAGACGAAACCUGUGACAUGAAAAAUGAUUUUGAAACUAUAAAGUGCCAACUGAAGCAAAUCAACUGCGAAAGGAUGAUGCAAAUGGAAGAUUCUGAGAGGAGCAAAGAACAGUUGAAGUUGCUGAGAGGCAUUUAUGAACAGCUUAGCACAAUAGAAAGCCACAUGAACAUUUCUAAGCCCAAGUCUCACAUUGACGACCAGCUCCAUUUGGCCUCUGUCAUGGAGGCAUUUCUAUCAUUUGCAAUUUAA